UUGGUCAAUUUAAAGUUAAAAUUAAUCACAAUUAAAAGGAAAAUUAAACGUCACUUGGAUUCUAAUCCAAUGAACAUGAGCAACUAAUCAGCUGGAGUUGAAUUCAACUCAUGGUUUUCAAGUGAAAAGAAGCCAAAAGGAAAACAACCUUAAUCAAGUGAGAUAAUCAUGACCAACGAUUCGGACUAUCGUCGUUCUGUUAAAAAUGAUAAUCCAAGUGAUCGAGUUGAUUCACCGAGACCUUUACAACCAGUUCUUAAUUUGGAUGUUUCCAAUCUUGAUGAUAAUUCAUCAUCGGCUUUAAUUGCUGCUGAAGUACCUUCAAGACAAUCUCUUUUCACCCUUUACACCCUUUUAUACGAUAAAGUGACCAAUGUCCAGAAAGAUGAAAGAAAACAAACUCUUGUUUACCAAGAGCUUUGUAAACGUUUAAGACAAUUGGGCUUCGUUGAGGUUUUACCCCAAAUUGAUACUCUCCGGUCUUACCAUCACAAAUACAGUUUUCACCUUGAUAAUCUCAUCUCGGAAAUUUCUUUGGACAUUGACCAGCAAUAUACUUCGCUUAAUAUUAACAUAGGUGAUCUGUUUUCUCGUAAUUCAUCGCUACCCAAGUCAAAUAAUCUGUUUGUCCGGUUAAAUGUUAAACAACACCAACUACUCAACACUGAUCCGAUCUCCAAUGUUUCCAACACUUCUCGAUCCAAUGAUUUCCUAAAUUGUGGCCUAAUUGCUAAGGGUGGAUUUGGAUCCGUUUACAAGAUGCAAAAUUUAACCGACAAGUGUAUCUAUGCAAUCAAGGCGAUUCCAUUUAAGAGUCGAAACCAAGUUGAUGCCUCGAAAAUAAUGAAAGAGGUUUAUUAUUAUGCUCUUUUGCCCUCUCAUCAAAAUAUUGUCUCUUACAAAAGCUCAUGGUUAGAUCAUUAUGUUAAAGAUUAUGGGUCUCCAGCUGAUUCUUUCAAUUCUAGUGAUGGUUUACAAUCAACGACUGAAUUUCUCUCCUCCACCGAUUCAUCAGGAUCACCGCCAUCAAAAGGAGCAACAGUCUCACAUUCACCAUCAUCUAAUUUAAAGGAGCAAUUUAAUCCUAAACAAGAUGGUGACUCGUUGAUCCAAUCACAAGUAACACUUUCACCUGAUACCCUACUGAUUAAAUCACCAAAUUCACCUGAAAAAUUAUCUCAAGAAUCAUUUUCAUCUCAAUCGACAUCACAAAAUGAAAACAAUUCAACUUCACUUUCUUCAUCCACAUCCACAUCCUCAUCAGCAUCUUCAUCCCAAUUACCCUCUAAAUCCCAACAAUCAUCAUCUUCUAAUGAUUUAAUGGUUGAAUUUAUUUCAUCUGAACAUUCAUCUAAUCAACAACAGCAAUUAAAAAUGAAACCAAAGGAAACUUGCGACGGUGAUAAAUUGGCCGUAACCACGAAGGUUAAUACAAAGGCACCUCUUUAUUAUUGUGUCCUUUGUAUUCAAAUGGAACUCUGUUCAUUUAACCUUCGAGCUUGGAUCGAUAAGAGAAACGAUGAUUUAUACCAUAAACGAAGUGAAUCAGUUGAUUACGAUAAAGCGAUUGACAUUUUUAUCCAAAUUGUAAAAGGAGUUCAUCAUUUACAUUCACACAAUUUAAUCCAUCGCGAUAUUAAGCCUCAUAAUAUCCUCUUUUCUGAAUUGGGUGUUGUUAAAAUCGGUGACUUUGGACUGACAACUUUUAAUGCUCAUGUCGAGGUUCAGGAAGACGAAACUUUGGCCUGGUCGGGAGAGGUACAAAAUCGUACUCGAGGUUUGGGUACUUCAUCGUAUUCCGCUCCAGAGCAACAGAAAACUACUUGUUACAAUUGUAAAGCUGAUAUUUACUCUUUGGGUCUAAUUGCCUUCGAACUGCUUUACCCUUUGUUCACCGAUAUGGAGAGAUCAGAUCGAUUCGAUAAACUUAAAAGUAAACAAAUAUUACCUGAGGAAUUAACUAAAUGUCAACCAUUUGCUGAUCUAAUUUUGGAAACAGUUCAAGAUGAUCCCGAAUCUCGUCCCGAUGCUGCGACAAUACUUGAUAAAGAAUCGAUUCUCCGUCAUGGAUGGAAAAUUAAUUCUGAUCAACCUACUUACGAACAAGUUAAAGAAAUUAAUAAGCAUUUAAAUGAUAAAUUAACCAAAUUGGAGGAAACAAUUCAAGCAAAAGAUGAAGAAAUCAAGAGAUUACAAAAGGAAUUGGAAAUUCAAGAGAUUGACAAAUUAUCUAAAGCAAUAGACACCCAAUUGAAAAGCGACAAUUAGUUAAUGAAUGUUAAUUGUUUCUCUGGAAAUCUAAUCUAAUUAUUACAACGAAUGACCAAAGUGACCAAUCAUAUGGAAAAUAUUUUUACAUUAUACUGCCAAAGGAAAUGAUUAAUUGAUGUAAUCAAAUGAUUAAACUUUUAUUUAGACUUUAAAAUCAAAAUUAGAAA